AUGGCGGAGGCUGCAGCUGCGCUGGCCUCCCGGCGGGCUCUGCACUUCGUGUUCAAAGUGGGCAACCGUUUUCAGACGGCUCGCUUCUACCGGGACCUGCUGGGGAUGAAGAUCCUGCGGCAUGAGGAAUUCGAGGAAGGCUGCAAGGCUUCCUGUAAUGGGCCUUAUGACGGGAAGUGGAGUAAAACUAUGGUGGGCUAUGGGCCCGAGGACAAUCACUUUGUCGCAGAGCUGACCUACAAUUACGGCAUUGGUGACUACAAGCUCGGCAAUGACUUCAUGGGCUUCACACUGAUUUCCAGCCAGGCUGUCACGAAUGCCAAGAAGUCUGAGUGGCCAGUCCGUGAGGUUGCUGAAGGAAUUUUUGAAACUGAAGCCCCAGGAGGAUAUAAAUUCUAUUUAAAGAACGACAAUCAGCCCCCUUCAGACCCCGUGCUGAAAGUGACCUUGGCUGUGUCCGACCUGUGCAGGUCCCUUCACUACUGGUCAGACCUCCUGGGAAUGAAAGUUUAUGAGAAGGAUGAAGAGCAGCAAAGAGCUCUCCUGGGCUAUGCCGACAACCAGUGCAAGCUGGAGUUACAGGGCAUCAAGGGAGCAGUGGAUCAUGGGACAGCCUUUGGGAGGAUUGCCUUUUCCUGCCCAAAGAAAGAGUUACCAGACAUAGAGGCAUUGAUGAAAAAGGAGAGCCAGAAGAUCCUGACCCCCCUCGUUAGUCUGGACACCCCCGGAAAAGCAACUGUACAAGUGGUCAUUCUGGCUGACCCUGAUGGACAUGAAAUUUGCUUUGUGGGCGAUGAAGCAUUUCGAGAACUUUCCAAGAUGGAUCCAAGUGGGGACAAAUUGUUGGAUGACGCAAUGGCAGCAGACAAAAGCGAUGAGUGGUUUGCUAAACACAAAAUACAGAAGGCUUCUGGAUAAUGGAAGAGCAAAGACUUGUGUUGUUCAUCCCAAAUCCCAUCCAGCUCUGGAGUCUCAAGAGUAUUUCAGAAGGCUCUUAUGCCUUCUGGAAAGAGGAAACAGUCUUAGCGACAUUUAAAUUCCAAGUUGAUUUUUUUUUAAAACCCUUAUUUUCUGUCUUAGAAUCAAUAUUGUGUAUUGGUUCUAAGGCA